GUGGGUAACGGGAGAAGAUGGCUGAGCGGCAGCAGCAGAAGCACGAAGGGAGGGUGAAAAUCGGCCAUUACAUCCUCGGAGACACGCUCGGAGUGGGGACCUUCGGCAAAGUAAAGAUCGGCGAGCACCAGCUGACAGGACACAAAGUGGCUGUGAAGAUCCUGAACAGACAGAAGAUCCGCAGUCUGGAUGUGGUGGGGAAGAUCAAACGAGAGAUUCAGAACCUGAAGCUGUUCAGACAUCCUCACAUCAUCAAGCUUUACCAGGUGAUCAGUACACCAACAGAUUUCUUCAUGGUCAUGGAGUAUGUGUCAGGAGGUGAGCUGUUYGACUACAUCUGCAAAAAUGGACGGGUGGACGAUGCAGAGGCUCGCCGGCUCUUCCAGCAGAUCAUCUCAGCUGUGGACUACUGUCACAGACACAUGGUGGUCCACAGAGACCUGAAACCUGAGAACGUCCUGCUCGAUGCCAACAAGAACGCCAAGAUCGCAGACUUUGGACUGUCAAACAUGAUGUCAGAUGGAGAAUUCCUUCGAACGAGCUGCGGCUCACCCAACUACGCAGCUCCAGAGGUCAUCUCAGGAAGGCUGUACGCAGGCCCAGAGGUGGACAUCUGGAGCUGCGGGGUGAUUCUCUACGCCCUGCUGUGUGGCACGUUGCCCUUCGAUGACGAGCACGUUCCCACGCUCUUUAAGAAGAUCAGAGGUGGCGUGUUCUACAUCCCUGAGUACCUGAAGCGCUCCGUGGCCUCGUUGCUGAUGCUCAUGCUGCAGGUGGAUCCUCUGAAGAGAGCCACCAUCAAAGACAUCAGAGAACAUGAGUGGUUCAGACACGACCUGCCAGGCUACCUGUUCCCAGAGGACUCAUCGUAUGACACCACCAUCCUGGAUGAGGAGGCUGUCAGAGACGUUUGUGACAAGUUUGAAUGCAAUGAGUCUGAGGUUGUGUCCAGCCUGUACAGUGGAGACCCACAGGACCAGCUAGCUGUAGCUUACCACCUCAUCAUAGACAACCGGCGCAUCAUGACCCAGGCCAGUGAGUUCUACCUGGCAUCCAGUCCUCCACAGGGCUCCUUCAUCGAGGAGGGGAUGCUGCUGCCCCCUGGGAUCAAACCCCACCCAGAGAGGAUGCCUCCUCUGUUGGCUGACAGCCCCAAGUCUCGCUGUCCUCUGGAUGCUCUCAACACCACCCGGCCCAAACCACUGGCAGUGAAGAAAGCCAAGUGGCACCUGGGCAUCCGCAGCCAGAGCAGGCCGUACGACAUCAUGGCUGAGGUGUACAGAGCCAUGAAGCAGCUCAGCUUUGACUGGAAGGUGGUGAACCCGUAUCACCUGAGAGUCAGGAGGAAGAACCCAGUGACUGGAAACCUGGUGAAGAUGAGUCUGCAGCUUUACCAAGUGGACAACAGGUCCUACCUGCUCGACUUCAAGAGCAUUGAUGAUGACAUCAUCGAGGCAGUUGGCUUUAAAUCAGGAUCAUCUACUCCUCAGAGGUCGGGCUCCACAGCCGGUCUGCACAGACCCAGACUGAGCAUGGACUCUGUGAGCCCAGCAGUGGACCUGCCUCAGCUCAGCUCCUCUCUGCCAGGAUCCCUGUGCAGCAGCUCCCCCCUGCUGGCCCCCCGCCAGGGCUCCCACACCAUGGACUUCUUUGAGAUGUGUGCCAGUCUGAUCACCACGCUGGCCCGCUGACACCUGAGGCCCGGAUGUGAGUGGGCUCCGAGGCUAGCUGUGGUUCUGAUAGAGGGACGGCUCCAUGUUGUGUGACUUUGUCUCCUCAGUUUGUUGUUGUCCAGCUGGAGACAUGAAGAAAACCUAUAGCAGUGUUGUGUUCACCUCAGAGAGGAGGAGAUACAGGCAGAAAACGUGCUUUUUUUAUGUUUUUGACACAGAGUUUAGUGAUUUUACAUCCUGGACCUGGUAUGUGUUGAUGAAGAAAGUCCUGCUGAGCUCAGCUCACAGCCGUCAGAGGAACCUCACUGUUCUGUUACAGGUUUAUACGGUUUGUACAGAACCUCUGUGAUCCAUGUAUAUUUAUAUUACAGUCAUAUUAUAUAGAUCUGUGUUCAAACAAAAGAACAACUUUAUACAUCA